AUGGCUGAAGAAUACUUAAAAAAUAUAACUCUAAAUAUUCCAUUUGCAUCUGUAAAACAAGCGAGUGUUGCUUAUGACAUACUUAUUGUGGAUAAGGAACUACAAGGAAGCAGAAUUAGAAGAGAAAUCCUUCUAAAUAAUACUGAGCUUAUAAUAAGCUUUGAAGGGACAGAUACAAAGAGAAUAAGGGUGGCUGUAAAUGCAAUUUUAAAAAAUCUAUUGUUGAUUACAAAAACUCUGACUGAAUUUGCACUAAGUUAA